AACCCCUCUCCUCUGUUCUGAAUGAAUCUGCUCUCUCUGCACGGAACACAAAAACAUAAAAGUAAAUUUUCACAAUCACGGUCGCUUCCUACGACAAUCGAAUUUGCGUCAGCCUCAAUUCUCAUGGAGUUUGGGAUUGAUGGCUCCAUUAAUGGUGAGACGGUAGGAAAUGUUACUCUAGGGCAGAUUAACAGUUGCAGCACAGCUGAUGAAAACAAAGUAGGUUGCAGCUCUUUCAAUCCUGCUUAUAAACAUGAUCAUGAUGAUAAUAUAACUCAAGAUUCUUCUGGAGGGGACACAAUCCCAUCAGGAAUUCCUGCAGUAUCAGUUGUUUCAGCUGAUGAGCCCUAUGUGGGACAGGAGUUUGAUUCUGAAGCUGCAGCACAUGCAUUCUAUAAUGCAUAUGCUACCCGUGUUGGAUUCAUCAUACGUGUGAGUAAGCUCUCACGAUCAAGGCGUGAUGGAUCUGCUAUUGGACGGGCUCUUGUUUGCAACAGAGAAGGUUACAGAAUGCCUGACAAACGUGAAAAGAUUGUGAGGCAAAGGGCAGAGACUAGGGUUGGUUGCAGGGCAAUGAUUUUGGUGAGGAAAGUAAGUUCCGGUAAAUGGGUUGUUACUAAGUUUAUACAGGAGCACACUCAUCCAUUAACACCUGGAAAAGGUAGAAGGGAUUGCAUUUACGAGCAAUACCCGAAUGAACAUGAUAAAAUUCGAGAACUGUCUCAGCAGUUGGCCAUUGAGAAAAAACGGUCUGCAACCUAUAAAAGGCAUCUUGAAUUGAUAUUUGAGCACAUUGAAGAGCAUAAUGAAAGCCUUUCAAAGAAAAUACAACACAUAGUGGACAGUGUGAAGGAGAUGGAAACCAAAGAACAACAGAGUCAUAGAUAGAUUCAGUUCAGUAUCCAGUUUUUUUAAUUAUUUUUCACUGGAUGUAACGCAGAAUCAAGUGUCAGGGUCAUAAGUGCCGCUAGAAAUGUCGUGCAAUAAUAUAGUUGCUGACCUAGAUAUUUACUUCUUUAAGCUUUAGGUGUCAGGUGAGUUCUGUAGUUCAGUUUGCUAAGUUCAAUGGAACUCAAUAAUUCAUUAGAUUGCUUCAAAUUCUGUGAUAUUUUAGUUGUAGAAGAAACUAGUUCAGUCAAUGUACAGGUCCUUUGAAUCCAUUCUUCUCAAGUUAAGCUAACAAUGUGCAACUCAUAACAGGCAUGCAAAUGUCUUGACAGAAUUAAAUUGUUCCAUUGUUGAUGUUGUAAAGUUUUAUCCGUGGUUCUCUUCUUUGUAUAGCAUUCAAAUAAUAUUCAGAAUGAACAAUCAGAA